AUGUACUUGGUGUUUACGCUUUGCGCUUAUCUAUACGUAGCCUCCGGAGCAGAUGUAAAUGUUGCCCAAGAAAUUCCACUAGAGGCGCAAACGUUGAGUGGUGAGCCUCUCGUGGCUUACCUCAGGAAAAAUCAGAAUCUCUUCAAGGUAAAUUCAAAUCCCACACCUGGUUUCAAACAGAAAAUAAUGGACAUAAAAUUCAGAAAACGGAAUCCAAAUUUAAUCCUUAAAGAUGAUCCCGAACCUGAAGACGACAUCCCAGAAGAGUAG